AUGAAACGGGCUUGACAGGGUCUACGGACGGCCACCAGUCGCGCCGUCUCCGAGACCCGGCAGCCACGUUCGCCCUCGAACGAGAGGCGCCAAACGUCUGCCAGUUCACCCUCUGCCGGGCAACUAUCCUCUCCUCCUUUUCUCCCUCUCCCCUCGCGACAGACCGACACAGCCGACCUCGGCCAACGACUCCUCGUCGGUGAGUCAGUCCUAGCACCGGCCGCGGGCCAGACCCGAGUCUCGCCUUCGGCCGGUUUGUCGUUGCCCGGCUCAGACGGACUCGUCUCGCCCUUCCUCUUGCUGCCCUCGGCGCGCCUUCUCUCCGCCGACAACCAGACUCCGCCGACGGCGCCCCAGAAUCGGGCGUCCGGAGCGGUGCUGAUGACGUCAGCGACGGCGACGACGACGACGGCGAUGGCGUCGUCGAAUCGGGCGUCCGGAGCGAUGCCGAUGACGUCAGCGACGGCGACGACGUCGAUGACGUCGUCGAAUCGUGCGUCCGGAGUGAUGCUGAUGGCGGUGACGCGUCCUGGCAGUCAGGACGACAGUCGUCUGCAGCUGGUCACGCAAUGGCAGGACGUGGAGGAGCCUCGGAGACGAAGCACUAUCGGCCAGCACCAGCAGCAGCACCAGCAGCAGCGACAGCGCAGAAACGCCUGCUCAAUGCUCGUCGAGUCGCCGGCCUUGGCGACCGCCAUGUUGCGCCAGGGCGCUGCCAUGAGUCCGUGCGAGCUCGACCCGCUCAUCGUGCCGUCCAGCCAAGUCGGUACGUCGAACUGGUUAGCAUCAAAUUCGUUUUUCGUGCGCGUUUGCGGUCGAGGGGGAAAGUCAAGUGUUGCCUCAAAUCGAAGGAAGUACAUGACUUGA